CCGCCUAGCUGAGCGCCGCCAGUCCUAGGAGCCGCGCUCUGAGCGGCCGGGAAGGCGCUAGGCUGAAAGGACUUCACCAGAGCACGGGGCGCGGGUCUGAAAGCCCGCCAGGACUGCGGGUUCUCGGCGACCCCGCGGUCUGAGCCGGACCCAGGAACGCGCGAUUCAGCUCUGGCCAGGGCGCCGUCUGGACCUCUCCUCUCGUCUCCAGGAGCCAGAGCCCCACCGGUACCGCUUCUCCUGGCCCUCCAGCCGCAGCCACCCGACCAUGGAGUCCCCGGUCCAGAUCUUCCGCGGAGAGCCGGGCCCUACCUGCGCCCCCAGCACCUGCCUGCUCCCCAAUGGCAGCCGCUGGUUCCCGAGCUGGGCCGAGCCGGACAGCAACAACAGCGCGGGCUCGGAGGACGCGCCGCUGGAACCCGCGCACAUCUCCCCGGUCAUCCCGGUCAUCAUCACGGCAGUCUACUCCGUGGUGUUCGUCGUGGGCUUGGUGGGGAACUCCCUGGUCAUGUUCGUGAUCAUCCGAUACACUAAGAUGAAGACAGCGACCAACAUUUAUAUAUUUAACCUGGCUUUAGCAGAUGCUUUAGUUACUACUACCAUGCCCUUCCAGAGCACGGUCUACCUGAUGAAUUCCUGGCCAUUUGGGGAUAUACUGUGCAAGAUAGUCAUUUCCAUUGACUACUACAACAUGUUUACCAGCAUAUUCACCUUGACCAUGAUGAGUGUGGAUCGAUACAUUGCUGUGUGCCACCCUGUCAAGGCAUUGGACUUUCGCACGCCCUUGAAAGCAAAGAUCAUUAAUAUCUGUAUUUGGCUUCUGUCUUCAUCUGUUGGCAUAUCCGCUAUAGUCCUUGGAGGAACUAAAGUCAGGGAAGACAUAGAUGUCAUCGAGUGUUCCUUGCAGUUCCCAGAUGAUGAUUACUCCUGGUGGGACCUCUUCAUGAAGAUCUGCGUCUUUGUAUUUGCCUUUGUGAUUCCUGUCAUCAUCAUCAUCAUCUGCUACACCCUGAUGAUCCUGCGCUUAAAGAGCGUCCGACUCCUUUCUGGCUCCAGAGAGAAAGAUCGCAACCUCCGCCGGAUCACACGGCUCGUCCUGGUGGUGGUGGCGGUCUUUGUCAUCUGCUGGACUCCCAUUCACAUUUUCAUCCUGGUGGAGGCUCUGGGGAGCACCUCUCACAGCACAGCUGCCCUCUCCAGCUAUUACUUUUGCAUCGCCUUAGGUUACACCAACAGCAGCCUGAAUCCCAUUCUCUAUGCCUUUCUCGAUGAAAACUUCAAAAGAUGUUUCAAGGACUUCUGCUUUCCAAUUAAGAUGAAGAUGGAGCGACAGAGCACUAGUCGAGUCAGAAAUACAGUUCAGGCUGCUGCUUACAUGAGGGAUGUUGACGGGAUAAAUAAACCAGUAUGACUAGUCGUGGAGAUGUCUUCUUAUAGUUCUCCAGGAGGAGAAGAGUUCAAUGAUCUAGGUUUAACUCAGAUUACUACUGCAGUCUGAGAUGGAAAAGUAGAAUGUCUAACAAACUUUUAGGAAUCUCAUAGUCCGAAGUCAUAAGAUACAGGCUGCAUUAGCGACCCAGGUCAGUGGAGUACAAAAGGUCCCAGUGAGGAAACCCAGUCCCUCUCUGUAGGGCAGGGAAGCAAGGCUGACUCCCAGUUCCUUUGACAAACAAGAAACACGCCUUUUUCUUCUAGUUACCUAGAUUUACUUCAGGACUCAGCUGCUGUGGCCUUCCUAUGCGAUGUGAUUUCAAAAGCUCUGUUUAAAACAAACAAACAAAAAAACCACUGGUUUCAGAGCUUAGUGGGUAUCAGACCCCGACACUUAACAUUGACAGAAGUAACCUCAUAAGAACGACAACCAUUUCCAGGGCCCAUGCCCGGCUCGCUUUAUGCUGCAUGCACACGCAUUGUAUGUGGCUGUGUGGUGAGGAAUCCAGCUUAAGUCUGACUUGGACCCACACCUGAAGUGUCUGAUGUUCAUAUGCAGUAGGAAAUUAUGUUGAUAUUUAAAUAUACAAAAGGUGGUUUCGAACAUCGUUUAAUUUCUUGAAAACUAUAUUUUUAGCAUGCUAUUCAGAUAAAUAAUCUCGCAAAAAAAAGUAUGUCUUGAUGUGAGUAAACAUAGAGUAGUUUCAAUACCACCAAAAGUAUAUAUAGUUUUAUCUGUAAAUAAUAGUGUAAAUAAGGAAUGGGUUUGCCUUCCACCCAGGCAGUUUCUUGAGGGCAUGCCUAUGAUAUCCCCCGAGUUAUUUAGAGCUGAUAUUGAGACAUUUUGCUGCAACAGAAGUUUCUCUUUGUGAAUCAGUCAGUGGCACCAUCUCUUUCAGACUCUCUGAGCACCAAUUAGUCCUUUAACAGUGCCCAUAACUCCUGUGUCAAUCAAUCACAAAAUAUUUAACUCUCUCUUAGGUUGUAGCUUUUGCAGAAUCUAAUUUAUACACAAUAUCUUGUUAUGAAUAUAUAUCUAUUAUCAUUCUCUCUGUUCAUGGGGGGAGAGCAUUUUGCUCAUGUAAAUCUUGAGAGAUUAUUUUGUGGCUUUCAGAGGAAAGUAGAAUUGUUCCUAAUUGUGGGCUGAAUGAAGACAUAAUGCCACUCGCGAAGCUUAGACAUACCUUGCACUGCAUUCUGUGAAGAGCACACCUGCUGAAGAUAAUGCCAUGAGCAGCACAUUUAGGGGAAUUUUGCUAAAACUUGUAGAUGAUAUACAAAUUUCCCCUUCUUUUCCCUGAAGCUUACUGUUUCGGAGGCAAUGGCUUUUUUUCCAAGGUAAUUUGCCUGGGUAGAAUAAAGGGAUAAUUUAGAAAUAACACCCAUCUUUCUUUUAGCCAAUAAGGUAUUUGAACAACAUCCUCUGAAAUUUUAUAGGAAAAUCAAAUGUAUAGGGCUACAUAACUAUAGAUAUCAUACUCUAAAACUUCUGUUCACUGUGUGCUUUCUCUCGUGUAUACUCUCCCCUUUUGGAUUGAAGGUUUUAUAUGUGGCUUCAGAAGUUUAGUUUGGUGGUAUUUGUCGAUUCCAGAUUUUCAUAGCACCUAAUACAGAUGCCUUAUGGCUGCAAAGCAGGGUUUUUCCUGAUGAAAACAAAGUGUUCUUUGAGAAUUUAUUAAAUUUCACUGAUUUUUCUUAAGUGUCCUUCUAUUCUUAUAAUAAUUGUAGAUAGGAAUGGCUUAAAUAUUGGGUGAUAUUCACCUAUGGUUAAAAAUCUUGGCUAUCAUACAGGAGGGAUAGCUAUGUAGUGAGUAGUUUCAGAAAUAAGUCCCACUGAAAUGGAAAAUAUAGAAGCCUCUUUACAACAGUAAAACCCAGGAAAUUUUCUUGAAGGAUUCUUACACAGUGCAAAACUAUAACAGAGAUAAAAUCAUAGAACAGACUUAUAGUAAUGUGUUCGUUUUAACUUAAUAUCCCACAUGCCUUUAUAGCAUCAGUUGCCAUUAUUGCAGCCUGAGCUUUAGCCUGACCAUCCUGUACCUUUUCAUAUCUAAGUUUGCAGCCCAAAGAGAGAAAGGAGUAGAUCUAUGUGCUCAUGAGGGGUGUUAUAAGCUUCUCCAUUAUUGUUGACACCAAUUUUCCCAAACUAAAAGAGGAGGGAAGAUGGCUAUGUAAUUUUAGGGCACUACAUUAAAGAAUGAUAAAAUGAAUCAUGUAUGUUAAGAGAAAUGCCACUUAGACAAAUGUGUUUCUUUGUUAAAAGUGAGUAUGUGCAUAAAUGUGUGUACAUGCAUGCAUGUGACUAUGGACUAUGUACGUGUCUGUAAUAGUGUGAGCAUGCAUUCCUGUUUAAGUGUGUGUGCAUGUCUGUGAGUGUGUGUGUACUGUCAUGAAGUGGUGGUCAUAUUGCAAUUCCUUCGUCAUUCCAGAAAAUGCAUUUGUCCUAGCCCCACUUCCUCUCAAAUAUGUCCCAUCUCUUGAUGUCCUUGUUCUCCCAUCAUAGCAAGGAGUGCACUGUCUGCCAUGUCUGUUUGAGACCAGAACUGCAUGUAUCUAAACUUGAGAUCAGCUCUCUACAUGAACUUCAUCUUCCAACCUGAGUGACAACUUCUGGAAGGUAUGAUCUAGUGAGGGGUCAGAAAAAAUGCAGGGAAAUGAAAUAGACAUUCAGGAGGCAUGGGGAUUAAAAAAAAAAAAAAACCCAAAACAUAAUUCUACCUGGGAGGAGAUUGGAACCACCAUUAAUGACUUAGACUACUCUUAUGAAUCUAGGAGCAUCUGCUAUGCAAAAGGUUCAGGUCAAAACUCCAGGCUUUAUACUAAAAAAGCAUAAUUUGGAAAUAUAGUUUUGAAAAAUCAAGGAGUAUUCAUAAAGAUCUUAAGAAAAUGGCUCUAUUCUAUGAUGUACUACUGAGAAAUAAAAGUUCUUAAAUUUAUAUAACUAUUAUCAGACACUUUAUAGAUGUUUCAUCUAGUAUUGGGACAUAAUGAGAUGAAUUACUGAAAUAAAAAAAAAAAUACAUGGGCUGGCUUUAAAUUAGAGCUUUUUAAAAGAGAAAUGUGUUACAAGUUGUAUGUCCAUUCAAUGAGAUUUAUUUUCUAAGCAAGAGUUAUUUGGAAGAUUCAGCAUAAAUUUGAAAAUCCCAUCCUAAAAAGUCAUUAAAAUGUUUGCCCUAGGUAACUUUCUUCUCUGAAAGAAAAAUAUA